CAGGCAAACAGGUACCAGCAUCAGACAGCAUUUAAAAAUCGUGGCUUCUGCACAGGGACUGUGCCAGCACUCUGACAGCAAAAGCUUUUUGAUCCAUUGUGAUGAAAGCCCUUCUGUUGUUCUUGCUGUAUGCAGGACUCUUUGAAUUUAGAUUUGCAAGAGAUCGCCUACAAACUUUCAGAAGUGUAAUUGAACAAGUUACUCUAGAAAAAGCUCAGAAAAACUGUAGCAGCACCAAUGAGUCUUUAAUCACCCUCUUUGAUAGAGAACAUGUGGAUGUUGUAAGCAAUGCACCAUGCAGCCUGUAUCAAACAGGGUUCUGGGUAGGUCUCAAAGAAAAGGAGAAUAAAAACAGCACUUGGUCAGACGGGACUGAGUUGACAUUCAAUAAAUCAACUGUUACGGCGAACAACCAGCAAAUAUGUGAAGCCCUGGACAACGGACAAUGGAUGGGUUUUAAUUGUUCGGAAAGGAUGUUUUUCAUGUGUAAUACAGACCAAGGAUAUGUGCUCAUCCAAAGUGAAAAGGACUGGUGUCAGGCAUUGCAGUACUGCAAGAAGGUUUAUAAAGGUUUAGCAACUAUUAAUAGCACUGAAUACAAUGACCUAGCAAAUAAGACAAGUAAGGGCCUAACUGUCUGGAUUGGACUCAUGCAUGACCAAUGGGAGUGGCCAAAUAAAGAAUGUUCAUUGUUCAGGGAGUGGGCUGAUACUUCCCAAGGUGGCAGCUGUGUCUGUCUUAAAACUAGUAAUUCAUAUGGCAUAAGGACAGAGGGAUGUGAAAGCGAAAAAUGUGCACUUUGCUCCAAAGGAAGAGUAAGAAUUAAAGUUAUUCCAGAUAAUUCAAGCUGGGACGAGGCCCUCACAUACUGUGAAACGAUGCAUUCGCGGCUGUUGUGGAUUGAGGAUGAAAGUGAUCAGAACGCUGUGAGCACGUGGUUAAAUCAUUCGAGCUUUGACAUGAGCACCCCGCGUUCUUUCUGGAUUGGCCUCAGGCAAAGCGUUCUUUUUGGAUUCUGGAUCUGGAGUGACAGGAUGGUGAACUGGAGCAACUGGAAAGAUGAAAAGAUCCCAGAAAAAUCUCCAUUCAACCACUGCGGUGUCAUUGAUAGAGAGGACUUCACCUGGAGAAAUGAGGACUGUGAUCAGAAGCUGCCUUUUCUUUGUGAAGAGGAUAUUGUUGAUUUCAACUAAUUUUUUUGAAAAUCAGUAACAUUAUAUAAUAGUUUCUAUGCCUAUCUUGGUUAGAUUAGCUAAUAGUAAAAUAAUUAUUUAUGUUUGCUUCACAUAUUUAAAAAUGUGAUUUCCAAUUAUGUAAUUUUUAAGUAUAUUUUGGAUACAACAGGGAUAUAGAUAUGGUAUAGAAAACAGACAAUAAACUAAUCCAGACUGUUUCUUUAAGCUGCAGAUCUUACGUUCAUUUGUUCAAGGUUAUAAUGGGGGAACUGGGAUGGUGGAGGGAGGAAUCUGGUGAGGGAAGAGUGCGAUUGUCCUGUGUUUUCUGUUUUAAUUCAUUUUCAUAUUUUAUGACUAUUUUAUUUGCUUUAUGUAAAGGACUUUGUGUUUUUAACUGGAAAUCAAUAAAGUCUGAGUUUGAAAUGGAU